AUGAAUAACUACAAAUUUACCGAUAAAGCGGAGAAGACUAUUGCAGCAGCUUAUCAAAUAGCUCAAGAAUAUGCUCACGUUCAAUUAAUUCCAGCUCAUAUCGCAUGUGCAUUAAUAGAUGAUGCAACUGGUGAAUCAUUAUUUAAAAACAUCAUUAAUAAAGCUGGUGGUGACGCGUCUUCAGCUGAAAGAGCGUUUAGGAAGUUGGUUGUAAGAGCUCCUUCACAAGAUCCGCCACCAUCUGAGGUAUCACUAAGUCCUCAAGCUAGUAAGGUUAUCCGUGGUGCACACGAUAUUCAACAACGUCAGAAGGAUAGCUACAUAUCCCAAGAUCAUUUAAUAUUGGCGUUAGCCGAUGAUUCACAAACUUUACAAGCCUUAACGGAAUCUGGUGUCACAAAGAAAGCUUUGGAAAUUGCCAUAACUCAAGUGAGAGGAAAUCGUCGUGUUGAAUCAAAGAGUGGUGAUGAAAAUUAUCAAGCCUUAAGCAAAUAUGCGGUUGAUCUAAUUGAAUUGGCAAAAUUGGGAAAACUUGACCCAGUUAUUGGCAGGGAUGACGAAAUACGUCGGGUGAUUCGCGUUUUAGCCCGCAGAACGAAGAAUAAUCCGGUAUUAAUUGGUGAGCCGGGUGUUGGUAAAACGGCAAUUGUGGAAGGUCUUGCGCAAAGAAUUGUAAGAAAAGAUGUUCCACGAUCUCUAGACGCAAAAUUAUUCUCCCUAGAUAUGGGAGCACUUAUUGCUGGCGCAAAAUAUCGUGGUGAAUUUGAAGAAAGACUAAAAGAUUUACUAAAAGAAAUAAAAGAAUCGGAAGAAGGAAUUAUAUUAUUUAUUGACGAAAUCCAUUUGGUGUUGGGAGCUGGUAAAGCAGAAGGUUCGAUGGACGCAGCUAAUCUCCUUAAACCAAUGUUGGCUCGUGGAGAGUUACGAUGUAUUGGAGCGACCACAUUAGAUGAAUAUCGAAAAUAUGUUGAAAAGGAUGCAGCAUUCGAACGUCGUUUCCAACAAGUAAUGGUAGGGGAACCAUCCGUUAUUGAUACUAUUAGUAUCUUGAGAGGGUUGAAAGAACGUUAUGAGACUCAUCAUGGUGUGAAAAUUGCCGACGCAGCUCUUGUGGCCGCAGCACAAUUAUCAGCCCGAUACAUUACCAAUCGGUUUUUACCUGAUAAAGCCAUCGAUUUAAUGGAUGAGGCUUGUGCAAAUACUAGAGUUCAACUUGAUUCAAGACCUGAAAUCAUUGACCAAUUAGAACGUAGACACCUUCAACUCGAAGUUGAAGUUGCGGCUCUUGCAAAAGAAAAAGAUGAACCUAGUCGUCAGAGACUUCAAAAAGCCAAAGAAGAAAUGGCUGAAAUUCAAGAACAACUACGCCCUCUUAAGGCGAGAUAUGAGCAUGAUAAGAGUCGAUUAGAUCAUAUUAGGCAACUUAAACAAAAAUUGGAUGAAUUGAGAGCAAAAGCCGAGGAUGCUGAAAGGCGUGCUGAUAUACCGACAGCUGCUGAUCUUAGAUACUAUGCCAUUCCUGAAGUUGAGAAUCGUAUUCAAGAAUUACAAGAUCAAAAAGUUAAGCAAGAAGAAGAUAGGGCCUCUAAUCCAAAUAUUACAGAAAAUAAUUUAUUAACGGAUACAGUUGGUCCGGAACAAAUAAAUGAAGUUGUGUCAAGAUGGACAGGUAUUCCAGUAUCGCGUCUUUCUAAAUCACAAGCAGAGAGGUUGCUCACACUUGCUGAGUCACUACAUAAAAGAGUGAUCGGUCAAAAUGAAGCUGUUGAUGCGGUCGCUAAUGCCGUCUUAAGAAGUCGGGCUGGUUUAGCACGCGAGAAUCAGCCCCUUGGAAGUUUCCUAUUCCUUGGACCGACUGGUGUUGGUAAAACUGAACUGAGUAAAGCUUUGGCGCAUGAACUUUUCGAUGAUGAGAAAUUUAUAAUUCCACCUCCAGGUUAUGUUGGUCAUGAUGAAGGAGGUCAAUUAACGGAGGCAGUUAGAAGGCGACCUUAUAGUGUAAUAUUAUUUGAUGAAGUUGAGAAAGCACAUACUCAAGUUCUUAAUAUACUCUUGCAAGUGUUAGAUGAUGGUCGUUUAACAGACGGUCAAGGUCGUCAUGUUGACUUUAGUAAUAGUGUAAUCAUAUUGACAAGUAAUUUAGGGUAUUAUCACCUACAAGGCAUCACAACGGACGUAAUUAGUGAUACAAUUAAAGAGGCAGUAAUGAGUGAUGUGAAAAGACAUUUCCGACCGGAAUUCUUGAAUCGGUUGGAUGAUAUAAUUAUCUUUACGCCACUUGGUGUUCAACAUAUUCAAAAGAUUGUCGACGUUCAAUUAGAUAGAUUGAAUAAACGUCUGGAAGAUAGACGUAUCAAUUUAGAUGUAGAUAAAAAUGCACGCAAAUGGCUAGCAGAAAAUGGAUAUGAUCCCGUAUAUGGCGCUCGUCCACUAAACAGGUUAAUUAAAAAUAAAAUCUUGAAUCCAUUGAGUAGACUUUUAAUCGAUGGUGGAAUAAGAACCGGAGAAGUAGCACAUGUUUCAACGUCAAUUAAUAACGUAGAUAUUGUGAUAGCAAGAAAUCACGCAUUAGACGAUAAUGAAAUGGCGGUUGAUGAGAUGGAUGGAGAUGAAUAUGAUGAAAAGUUAGAACUGGAUUAA